UAUCUGUCUCAAUCCACCGCAUCCUCCGAUGUCGCACUUCCCUAUCUGAGAUGAAAGGUGACGGAGCUAGACUGGUGUUUGUCAGACCAUGAGACUUCCCGAAAAUCGUUCUUAUCACAAGAAAUCGUCUGUAGCGUCUGAACAGUUAGGACCCCUCUAUGGAAAGAUGAGACUCCCCACAAGUGUCUUGGGACUUGUCUGUAGUCGGUACAGCCAAUCUGCCAACUCCUGUCAGUAGCGCCCGAACAGUUUGGGUUAUCCACUAAUAUGACCCCUCUGUGGAAAGGCAAGAGAGAGGACACCUGCGCUCUAAGACUCACAUGAUGAUCAAGGAGACCAGUGGGACGUUGAUUGGUCACUUCUACGUGGGAGAUGAUGCUUCUCCCAUCAAAGUUAUAGCCUAUAUAAUUCUCUCGGUUGAGAAAGUCAUUAGUGUUCAGUUCUAGGACCUGAUUUUGUGAUAUAACAAGACUUACUCCUGCAGCACCAAACCACACAGAGAAGCUAUACUCUCACCAAAGCGCAUGAGAAUCUGAUAGCUCGAGAUGAGCGCAACAUAUCUGCGACAACUUUGCCUCCUUCAUUUGGUCUGGUGCCUUGGAUGUUGGAAGGUGACAGAAGCUAAUCCCAGCAAAGAGUGUGAACAUGGAAUUGCUUUGACAAAGGGUCCUGGGAUCCAGACUGGUGUGGGAGAUAUGAUGUGGAGAGAUCAGAAUGAGCAGCAAGUUCAGAAUGUAUUCAAAAGAUUCCUGUUUCACUAUUCAAAGGCAAACUCAGUAGGCUCUAUACAGCAUGCGUCCCAUUCAGUACACCCAUUGAUGCGCCUGUCACCAAAACUGUCUCAGAGGAGAAAGAAGCAGCUCCUGCUUUUGAAGCUCCGGGAUCUCCCUGAAAGUGUGAUGUAAAAAUCUGACUGUGGAAUAACUGGAAGGCAGACACCAGCAAGCUGCAUCCCCCUGAACAUUGAACACAAAAUGGUGGACAGACAGAAGCAGCAUUCUCAGCUCUCGCUGGCAAUGGACUUGAUAUUUUUGAGAAAUAAAUGAAGAUAAAUGUGACUGCA